GGUGUCUGUUAAUUGGCUGAGGCUGCUUUUCAUACACAGCAGGCCAGCUGUGGGAAGCGGCAAAAGAAAGAACUUUGUCUCUCGCCAGCAAUGCAUCUCGCCGCGAUUCUGUUCUGUGCUCUCUGGUGUGCGGUGUCUGCCGAGACCUCGGAUGAUUAUGAACUCAUGUAUGUGAAUUUGGACAAUGAAAUAGACAAUGGACUCCAUCCCACUGAGGACCCCACGCCGUGUGACUGCCGUCGGGAGCACACCGAGUGGGACAAGCUCUUCAUCAUGCUGGAGAACUCGCAGAUGAGGGAGGGCAUGCUGCUGCAGGCCACCGACGACGUCCUCCGGGGCGAGCUGCAGAGGCUGCGGGCGGAGCUGGGCCGCCUGGCGGGCAGCCUGGCGAGGCCGUGUGCGCCGCCGGCCCCCGCGGAGGCCCGGCUGGCCCGGGCGCUCGACGAGCUGCUGCAGGCGAGCCGCGACGCGGGCCGCAGGCUGGCGCGCCUGGAGGGCGCGGGGGCGCCGCGGCCGGAGGAGGCGGGGCGCGCCCUGGGCGCCGUGCUCGAGGAGCUGCGGCGGACGCGAGCCGACCUCCGCGCCGUGCAGGGCUGGGCGGCCGGGCGCUGGCUGCCGGCAGGUUGUGAAACAGCACUUUUAUUCCCAAUGCGUUCCAAGAAGAUUUUUGGAAGCGUGCAUCCAGCAACACCAAUGAAGCUUGAGUCUUUUAGUGCCUGCAUUUGGGUCAAAGCCACAGAUGUAUUAAACAAAACCAUCCUGUUUUCCUAUGGCACAAAGAGAAAUCCAUAUGAGAUCCAGCUGUACCUCGGCUAUCAGUCCAUAGUGUUUGUGGUGGGUGGAGAGGAGAACAAACUGACUGCCAAUACUGUGAUUUCCCUGGGGAAGUGGACCCAUCUGUGCAGCACCUGGAAUUCAGAGAAAGGACGCAUGUCCUUGUGGGUAAACAGUGAACUGGUGGCUACCAUUGUCCAAAUGGCCACAGGUCACAUUGUUCCUGAGGGAGGGAUCCUGCAGAUUGGCCAGGAAAAGAACGGCUGCUGUGUGGGUGGUGGCUUUGAUGAAACACUAGCCUUUUCUGGAAGACUCACAGGCUUCAAUAUCUGGGAUCGUGUUCUCAGCAAUGAAGAGAUAAGAGAGACCGGAGGAGCAGACUCUUGUCACAUCCGGGGAAAUGUUGUUGGGUGGGGAGUCACAGAAAUUCAGCCACAUGGAGGAGCUCAGUAUGUUUCAUAAGUGUUGUGAAACUCUACUUGAAGCCAAAGACAGAAACUCACAUUUUUAAACAUAUGACAGUUGGGAAGGUCUAAAACCUCAGUGCAUAUUAAGAACACUUGAGACUAAUGAAGGGGAGAGUUGAGAUCAAUUUUUAUUUACUGAAUACUGGCAAAAUACUGAAUAAACAGUUGAAGACAAGACAUUGGAGAAUGCUUUUGGGGAUAUUGUUACUAGACUUUAUGCCAGGUGCUUUCAGAUUAAUGCCAUGUCUUUGUCAGAUAAACUCUCAAAUAAUUAAAACAGGCUGUAUUGUUGAACAGAAGGACAAUUGUUUUACUUUCCUUUGGUUAAUUUUGUUUUGGCCAGAGUGGACUUUUACAUUGGAAGAAAAAUAAAAUAACAUGUUGCCGUCCA